AUGCUUUACAGAAGUGAAGGCCCGCUGUGCGCCACGCACACCCGUUUAGCUAAUAGCAAUGUGGACACCCAAAGGAGAAGGAUUAUCAGUGAAUUUGAACAACUACAUCAAUUCCUGAAUGAAGAGCAAAAAGUUCUUCUUAUGAAACUUGAUCAAGAAGAAGAAAAGAUUCAAGAAAUCCACAAUAAGAAUUUAAGAAGGCUUUCAGAAAAGAGUUCAUCAAUUAACAAUCUUAUAGAAGAGAUUGAAGGAAAGCUGAGUUCACGUGAUGUUGAGUUGCUAACGGACAUUGGUGAUACACUUAGAAGGUGUGAUACUGAUUUCCAGAUAACAACCUGUGUGGCUCCUGGCUUGAAGAUCAAUGACUUUAGCAUUCCCAUGCAGUAUUUCAUUUGGAGUAAAAUGUUAAGUAUUAAACCAGCCCCUUUUCCAUUAACCUUGGACCCAAACACUGCAAAUGCGCAUCUUGUGAUAUCUGCAGAUCGGACGGCAGUGUGGUGGGAAGACAAAAAACAAAAUGUCCUUCAUCACCCAGCGAGGUUUGACAAUGGUUGUGCUGUCCUGACCAGUCAGGGUUUUAGCUCAGGGAGACACUACUGGGAAGUUGAAGUUGGAGAGAAAGACUACUGGGAAGUUGGAGCAGUCACUGAUUCUGUGGAGAGGAAGAGUGUGGUCCCACGGACAAUGGUAAAUGGAUACUGGACAAUUGGACGAUUUGGGGAACUUUAUCACUGGGCAGGAGAUGACCAAGACUGCACUUCUCGUCUUUCUCUAAUUGAAAAACCACUGAUGGUUGGAGUGUAUCUGGACUAUGAAGGUGGAAGGCUGUCAUUUUACAAUGCAAACAAUAUGGCCCACCUCUACACUUACAGUCUCACAUUCAAGGAAAAAGUGUUUCCUUUCUUUUUCACAUGGGAUCAAAUCAAGAUUGUGUCUUCCGUAUUGCUACAGUAAUUUCAUUCAUCUGUCAAGAGAUGUAACUGAUAUAGGCUAUUACUGGUCCAUUUCUCUUCCUUUCCAUAAUGUAGAGUACGUAUUUGAACCUACUGCAUACCUUUCAUGAAUCUGUGUCUCUUGUAGUUUUAAGCAUUCCCAUCAUAAGCAAUGUUUCCAAUAUUCUGGAAGACUUUUUAAAAUAUAAUAAUCCAUAACAAUUCAUGUCAAA